AUGCCAUCAACUAGUAUCCAACAUAAUUCUGAAUCAAAUAUCUCUAUUGAUAAUACUAGUUCUAAUGUAUCACCAUUUCAUCCACUUUUGGAACAUAUUGUAGAACCAAACCUCUCAAAUGAAAUACUAUUAACUCCUAAAGUAAAUUUAAGAAACAAAGACUUCAAAAAUGAUUUGAGUAAUUGGGCUAUUGAUUGCAACGUCCCCCAAACGACUGUUAAUAAACUGCUUCAAAUAAUGAAAAGUUAUGAAGUUAUUAAAACUGAAGAUUUGCCACUGGAUAGUCGGACUUUGUUGGCUCCACCUAAGUCAGCUAACAUAAUUAAAAGAAUUGUCAUUCCUGGACAUUACUACCAUUUUGGUCUGGCAAAUGGAAUAGAUGGCUUACCUUUGUCUAAAAGUAGUAAUUCUCAAUUUUGGCCUAUUUUAGCUUACAUUGUCAACGAUUCCAAAACAGUAUUUCCAAUUGGUGUAUAUCAUGGAUACACAAAGCCAAAAAAUUCAGAUGAAUUUUUAUUAGACUUUAUUGAGGAAGCGAAAUGUUUGAUGACUAAUGAAAUUAUUUUAAAUGAUCGUACUUUAAAAAUUACAAUUCAUUCAUGUAUUGCAGAUAGCCCAGCAAAAUCGUUUCUUUUAAAUACCAAGGGUCAUUCUGGUUAUUAUUCAUGCUAUCGGUGUAUUGAAGAAGGUGAAUAUUGUGGUUCAAAUGUUUGCUUUCCGUACUCAAUAUCUAAAGCAGCUAAAAGAACACAUGAAGAUUAUGUUGAAAUGAAAUAUGAAGAUCAUCAUAUUGGAAAUCCUUCAAAAUUAAUAGAGCUACCUGGUAUAGAUUUGGUUCAUAUGGUACCCCUAGAUUAUAUGCACCUUGUAUGA